AUUAUGUGUUAUUUUGUAAAAGCAAUCUAAGAGUGUUUUGAAAUCAUGUCUCUAGUUGGAAAGUUAGUGAGCGAAUUUGAGAUCAAUGCUCCUGCAGAAAAAUAUUACAAAAUGUUCAAAGAUCAAUGUUUCCAUAUCCCCAAUAUCACCUCAAAUCACAUCAAACAAGUUGAAGUUCAUGAAGGCGAUUGGGACAGCCAUUGCCAUGGCUCUAUCAAGAUUUGGAAUUACGUUAUGGAUGGCAAGGUUGAGUCUUUCAAAGAGCGAGUGGAAUUUGAUGACGAGAAACUAGCAGUAACUCUGACCGGAUUGGAAGGAGAUGUAUUCGAGCGUUACAAAGCCUUCAAGGGAACAUAUCAAGUUGUGCCAAAGGGGGCAAGUCAUAGCUUGGCAAUUCAUACAUUGGAAUAUGAAAAACUCGAUGAUAGCACUCCGUAUCCUUACAAGUAUCUUGAUCUCAUGAAUUGCCUCACUAAGGACAUCGAAUCUCACCUUAAAUGAUAAGCUUUUGUAUCUCAAUAUAAGCUUCAUCGAUCACUCUCUCAUAUGUGUUGAGUUUCUGUAUCUUUAUUUGUUCUCUUGUACUCCUUUAAACUUUUUAUCAAAUAUGUGUGAAAAGUAAAUAAGGGUAAACUGAUGAAGCUUGAUCGUUAUGUUUUCAUAAAUAUAUUAUAUGUUUUAUUGGGAUA